AAGAGUCUUCUCCUGGGAAGGUAGCAUAAUCAUCAGGUUCGCUCUGUCUUUCCCUGGCCACUCCGUUCUGUGGAGCAGCUUUUUAUCAUGUCCCAGACACAGGCCCCAGGAGUGGACCCCACCAAGAUGGGUGUCGGACGGGCAAUCGCGGUCCUGACUUCAGGAGGUGAUGCUCAAGGAAUGAAUGCUGCAGUGAGGGCUACAGUCAGAGUGGGCCUGUACACCGGAGCUAAAGUCUUCUUCGUUCAUGAGGGCUACCAGGGGCUGGUUGAUGGGGGCGAUAAUAUCCGCCCAGCUACAUGGGAGAGUGUGUCCAUGAUGCUCCAGUUGGGGGGCACAGUCAUCGGUAGUGCUCGCUGUAAAGAUUUCCAGACAAAGGAGGGCCGCAUAAAGGCUGCGUACAACCUGGUCAAAAGGGGCAUCACUAACCUGUGUGUUAUUGGUGGAGAUGGGAGUUUGACUGGAGCCAAUCAGUUCCGCACAGAGUGGAGUGAAUUACUGGGGCACCUGGUCAGUACAGGCAAGCUCAUGAAAGAAGAGGCCCAGUCAGCGUCGCAUCUUAACAUCGUGGGCAUGGUUGGAUCCAUCGAUAAUGACUUCUGUGGAACAGACAUGACCAUUGGCACAGACUCUGCUCUUCAUCGCAUCAUGGAGGUGGUGGACAGCAUCACCACUACAGCUCAGAGUCACCAACGUGCCUUCAUUCUGGAGGUCAUGGGAAGGCAUUGUGGUUAUCUCGCCCUGGUUACUGCAUUGGCAUGUGGUGCUGACUGGGUGUUUAUUCCAGAGAUGCCCCCAGAUGAUGGAUGGGAAGAACACUUGUGCAGGAGGCUGAUGGAUACCAGAAACAGAGGAUCUCGUCUGAAUGUGAUCAUUGUGGCUGAGGGAGCCAUGGAUCGGACUGGCAAGCCCAUUACUUGUGAUCAGAUCAAAGCGUUAGUAACUAAGAAGCUGAGUUAUGACACCCGUGCCACUAUCCUAGGCCAUGUACAGCGAGGAGGCACUCCUUCAGCCUUCGACAGGAUCCUGGGCAGCAGGAUGGGUGUGGAGGCUGUGAUGGCCCUGCUGGAGGCCACUCCUGACACACCAGCUUGUGUGGUCUCACUUUCAGGGAAUCAAGCAGUCAGAUUGCCCCUGAUGGAGUGUGUACAAGUGACCAAGGAUGUUACCAUUGCUAUGCAAGAGAAAAGAUAUGAGGAUGCUUUGAAACUCAGAGGAAGGAGCUUUGAGAAUAACUGGAAUACGUACAAACUGUUGGCCCAUGUGCAUAUCCCUGAAGUCAAAAGUAACAUUAAUGUGGCCAUUCUGAAUGUGGGCGCACCCUGCGCAGGCAUGAACGCGGCUGUGAGAGCCGCAGUCAGGAUUGGCAUCCUGCAAGGCCACAGCAUGCUAGCAGUGCAUGAUGGCUUUGAGGGUUUAGCCCAAGGAAAGAUUGAUCCUAUCACUUGGAACAGUGUUGGUGGCUGGACAGGAAAAGGAGGCUCUGUUUUGGGAACCAAAAGAACUCUUCCAGCAAAGUACAUAGAAGACAUAAGCCUGAACAUUGCCAAGUACAACAUUCACGCCCUGGUCAUUAUAGGAGGUUUCGAAGCGUUCUCAGGUGGUCUGGAGCUGGUCCAAGCCAGGGAGAGGUAUGAGGAGUUGUGUAUCCCCAUGGUAGUUAUCCCAGCUACCGUCUCGAACAAUAUUCCUGGAUCAGACUUCAGCAUCGGAGCCGAUACUGCCCUGAACACCAUCACCACGACAUGUGACAGGAUCAAGCAGUCAGCCGCGGGCACUAAACGCCGUGUGUUCAUCAUUGAGACUAUGGGAGGGUACUGCGGUUACUUGGCCACCAUGUCAGGCCUUGCUGCCGGUGCUGAUGCCGCCUACAUCUACGAAGAGAAAUUUAACAUUCGUGAUUUGGAGACCAAUGUAGAGCAUCUUGUAGAGAAAAUGAAGACGACAGUUAAGAGAGGCCUGGUUCUCAGAAAUGAGAACUGCAACGCCAACUACACAACGGACUUUAUCUUCAACCUGUACUCAGAGGAGGGAAAGGGGGUCUUUGACUGUCGUAAGAAUGUCCUUGGACACAUGCAGCAGGGUGGCACUCCCACUCCAUUUGACAGAAACUUUGCCACGAAGAUGGGUGCUAAGGGUGUUCUCUGGCUAACUGAGAAAUUGAAGGAGUGUUAUAGACACGGGCGCAUUUUUGCCAACACUCCAGACUCGGCGUGUGUGUUAGGCAUGAGAAAGAGAGGUCUGAUGCUCCAAGCCUUGGGUGAGCUCAAGGAGCAGACUGAUUUUGAGCACCGUCUUCCAAAGAAUCAGUGGUGGAUGAAGCUCAGGCCCAUUCUGAAGAUCUUGGCCAAGUACAAGAUAAAUUUGGACACCUCGGAGCAUGCUCACAUGGAGCAUAUUAUCGGCAAGAGAGCUCCAUUCUCACUGUCUGGUAAAAUAUGAUAAGGACUGAGAAUGGAAAAGGACAAAAUGCAUUAUGCAGUUGCAUAGUGAGUUAUUAUUCUGUUUUAUGUUAAUGAUAUUCCACAACUGACAAACUAGUAAACUAUUGAUUAAAUUACUUCUAUUGCAAUAAAUGAAAUAUUCACCAGUGUGUUACGGAGCGUAGUGUUAACUGAUAGUUUAGUUUGUCAAUACUUACCCAUUUAUAUGCUCAUGAACUUUUGAACUCCUUAAGUUCAAUGGCCUUAUAAGAUCCAGUUGAUGGGGUUACUGAGUAUAUAAAGUAUUAAUAAGCUAUAACUUAUGAGGAACCCAUUACUAAAUAUUUUAUAUAUUUGAUAUGAAUUAAUACAGCAUGAACAGUUGAUUAAUUUCUUAUUCGGUUAUGGAGAAUUAAUGAUUCGUCGACAGCAUACAUGAUUAAUCGUGUAACCCUUAAACAGGAGGACGAAUGUAGGAAUGAAAUGUAUUUACUGUCUCAUCUGUCAGUAAUCUUCAUAGCUGUGUUGAUAUUUUCCUCUUGUUUGAUUUCCCCCUUUGUUACUCUGCUGUUAUAUUCACUGGACCCGUGUUGUCAGCGAUUUUGUGAAAUAUCAAUUAAAGUAAAGAUCCAAAAAUACAA